AUGGACAUGGUCAAGGAGGCUCUGGGCAUCUUGCAAGGGGAAAAAACCGAAACAGUGGCAGGCCACCGGGUCCAACUAAAGCGCGAGCUACACUUGGUCUACGUCCGGUGCAUGGAAUAUCCUCAGACUCAGCCCAAUGCGCACUUAUUGCGACGCUUCGCCUCGUCCGGACUGCAUUAUGUUCCCAUAAGCCAGCAGCAACCGGCCCAGCCGCGUCGACGCCGCAGACCCGCCCUGGCCUGCCGGGAAUGUCGUCGUCGAAAGAUCAAGUGUGACCAUAAAAUUCCAUGCGCACAAUGUCGGCGUCAUGGAACCUCAUGUCUCUAUACAGCUUAUAGCUUCUCAUCACAUGGCUCCCCAUUUAGCUCUUCACCUAAUACCAAUGCGAGUCCACCACCACCACCUUCCCCUCCGCCUCCAACAACAACAACAACAACCAACGCUCCCAGGGAAGCCCUUCAGCUUCCUGUACCUCCAGCACCUGACGCUCAUGUUAGGUCAGCCUCUUCCUCAACUGAUGGACCCACAUUGCAUGAGCUUGUGCACCGUGUGCAGAAGCUCGAAGAACUCGCCUCCACAGGAACGCGUCUCACCAAUAGUCCCACUCUUCAUGCCCCGUCAGAUUCUGGUAUAGGGUCCUCCCGCUCCCAUCCAUCCCCUGCAGGGACACAGGAGUGGCAGUGCGUCCUCAACAAAUCUAGGGACAGGGGGAGCAUUAAGAUUGGUCGCCCUUCUCGAGGCUUUCUGCCUGCAGGACUUGCGUCGGUACCUCCUGCUCGCGAGACGGCAGAUGCCAUGGUCGAGCUGUAUCUCUCCACCUUUGAAUCAGCGCAGCGAAUACUUCAUAUUCCCACUUUUCGGGCAGAAUACCGCAGGUAUUGGGAUGAACCGGGAGACAUAACACCGACUUUACGCCGGAAAGUUCUCCUGGUCAUUGGCAUAGGCUCAAGCCUAUUGGACAUUUCAGGGUUGCAAAUAUCUUGUUUGACAAUCCUUGCACGCCAACUGUUUUCAAUCGGAGGAGAUACGAUCUGGAUCUCGAUGGGAUCUAUGGUUCACACUGCUAUGCAGAUAGGACUACACCGUGACCCGAGACAUCUCCCGACGAAGUCAGUGCUAGAGUCCGAAUUGCGACGUCGGUUGUGGUACACCAUUCUCAAGUUCGUUGUUCAGGCAUCCCUCGACUCGUGGAUGCCUCCACGAAUCUCGUUUGAUGAGUUCGAUACUGAGCCACCUUCCAAUUUCAAUGACAAUCAGCUGAACGAGUCGGCGGCUCAACCCCUACCGCGAGAAAGAGUUACAGAGACUUCAAUUCAGCUAGCCUUAAUCCGAUUGCUGCCCAUCCGUCUUCGGAUUGUCCAGCUUCUGAGUGGUCUUCACUCGGAGCACUCCUAUGAGCAAGUACUAGCCCUCAGUUCGGAAUUGGCAGACGCACUUCAAGGGUGUAAUCACCAGUCCUUCGCAGCUUUUCAUCGGAAUCUCCUAGACUAUCUCGUCCGUCGCUUCAUGAUCCCGUUGCAUUACUACUUCAGCAACCAGGCGCGCAGUAACCCGCUUUUCCACUACUCACUAAAGCUCAGUCUCGAUGCGGCACUCGCGCUUGUCUCUCCAGAACCGGACUCACUCUUCGCACGGCUGAUGGCGACGGGUGGAGGGCUUUUCCGAGAGGGGAUACGAUGUGCUACCUCGGCGAUCAGCCUCGAACUUCUCGCGCACGCGGAAACCCAGCGUCUCAACGAUCGGAUUCGUCAAGGUGAAACGAAUGUCAAGAACCACAUGUUCCUCCGCAUGAUUCUUGCCCAGGUCGAAGCUGUUGAAACAGGCAAGGCAGUAGAGAUAGAGGUGGCGCGGGCGGCCAGGGACAGUCUGGAGCUUUGCAACACUAUACUACAAACUAGAGAGCAUGGCGGCUCGAUGUUAUCACCAGAUUUGACGGCUAUUGCGGCGAUGGAGUUCGACGGCACCCAGGGUUUGGAGUUGGGGCCUGAUUUUGAUUGGGAGUCCUUUUUUCCAGACGUUGCCUCAAAUCAGUGGAUUGGAUGA